UUGUACCACGCUUACCAAACCAAACCAUCAGACGGAUAUUUUUUCAAACAAAUGAGUUUUCUGUGGGUUUCAUAUUCUUUCGAUCUCUAUAGUUGCGCAAUCAAGACCAGUAAAAAGCAAUCAUCCUUCUAUCUACCUUGCCUUGGUCAGCACUGGUUCGAAAUAAAUUCUACUUACCCCUGCGGACUGGCAGAUGCCUAAACAAACGAUGAUGAAUUGAAGGAAAACGGAUAAAUAUUUAACAUUGCUGCCCUUGGUCCAGUGCGCGGAUGAUAAGGGUCCGCCUUGGCUGUCAAUCAAACCGGGUGAAACUUGGCUGUGUGUUUAUAGAAGGAGCAUUUUGACACAGUGGGUUCAUUCAUCUGUUCCUUAGCUGCCCUAGCGGUCGCUCUCUCCCGACACGAAUUAUAAUCGCCGGUGGCCACUGGUCAACAAAAUAAGUUGCGCAACUGUCAGGUGGGUGUGCGGCCUUGAUCACGUCUGUCUGAGUCUGGGAGCGAGGUUUGUCCACCAGCAAAAUGUUGCAAGUAUCUUCGGUGCUUCCAAUUCCUCUGUCGGUUAUUUUGAUAGGCGCUGUCGUUAUCUGUGCUUUCAUUCUUUUGUUUCAAAACCGUGAAAAAGCAACAACGGCUCCUGGACCAUUUGCGUGGCCAUUGUUCGGAAAUUUGCUCAGUCUUGGAAAGAAACCACACGAGUAUUUGACAUCCCUGCGAUCGGUAUAUGGGGAUGUAUUCCAAAUCAAAAUGGGAAGCCAUACCACGGUGGUCAUCAACGGAAUUCAAGCUCUGAAACAUGUAUGCGUCAAACAAUCGGAAGAAUUUGCGGGGAGACCAAAUUUCUAUUCGUUCAAUUAUAUUGCAAACGGCAAAAGCAUGGGUUUUAGUGACUAUGGACCGAGAUGGCAACUUCAUCGGCGCAUAGCCCAAAAUGUAAUAGCACAAUUUACCAACAAACGUCAUAAUCCCAUUGAAGAGGCUAUUAUUCAAGAGGCCGAGUUUUUGACCACUAAUUUUCUGGCUACCCCCGGGAAACCCGUCGAUCCUCACAAUGAGAUCUAUCUCUCCGUUGGGAACAUUAUAUGUGCUUUGUGCUUUGGAAAAAGAUACAAAAGAGACGACCCCGAUUUCAUGCAACUCGUGAAAAAUAACGACGAGUUUAUGGCCUUUGCCGGUGCCGGGAACCCGGUGGACAUCAUGCCGUGGAUGCGACACUUUACAAAACGGUCCUUCAACAAGUUCGUGAGUAUACUAGAAACCAUGAAUAAAUUCAGUCUAAAGAAGCGUCAAGAACACAUGGAUACAUUCAACAAAAUGAACAUCCGGGACGUUACGGACGCACUGAUUCAAAUGACGGACGAUAUUAGCGAGGAAGAGAAGCUCUCCGUAGGACUCACUGAUGAACACAUUCUGAUCACCGUGCAGGAGUUGAUUGGAGCUGGGUUCGACACCAUUUCAGGCACUUUACAGUGGACUGUACUGUUUAUGUCAACGAAUCCAGAGUACCAGGAAAAGGUACACGCCGAAAUCCGAGAAGUGAUCGGGAUGGACCGAUUUCCAACCAUGGACGAUUACCCCCUGUUGCCGUUUACAGAAGCGUGCAUCAUUGAAACAAUGCGACAUUCGUGUAUAUUUCCCUUUGCCCUACCGCACAGCACCACAAAAGACACUCACGUAAACGGUAUAUACAUUAAGGCCAAGACUUUGGUCUUCUUGAAUCUUUGGUCUGUUAAUUACGAUGAAGAAAACUUCCCUGAGCCGAAAGUUUUUAAUCCGUACCGGUUUUUGGAUUCUGACGGCAAUGUGAACCGGUCCGCCGUCGAUCUGUUCCGGCCGUACGGAGCAGGAAAGCGGCGUUGUCCGGGAGAACAGCUCGCUCGAAUGGAACUCUUCCUGUUUUUCUGCACCAUUAUGCAGAAGUGCAAGUUUGACGUCAUUGAAGAAGAACCCCCUGUUGUAGACAGUAAAUAUGGACUGACGCUAAAACCUAAGGAUUUCAAGGUGUACGUUUCAGCAAGAAAGUAAACGGAAUUUCGCUGCUGCACAUUAAAGAACAAACAAUUUUUUGAUGCGGGGGUUGGGGUCUCUCCUUUCUUUUUUCUUGUUUAAAUUGAUUUGUUUUAAUUACUCAUAAUUCACAAUUAGUGAGAAAAAAGAGCUCUAAUGUAUAAAAUAGAACUAAAUAAAAUUAUAGGAAUAAAAAUUAACUAAAAGUUAUAAUUUGUCAGGGUAUAGUUUUAAAUUAUCUUUUUUAAAUGUACAUGUAGUGGGCGUGUCAAAGUGUAGCAUUCUAUGCUUGACAAAACAUGGAGUUUUAUAACUGCAUUUCGUGCAUGGCUGAACACGUGACGUUCAUGAACAGAUGAUUUAUUUAAAAAGCUGUCAAAAAAAACAUUCUGUUCUCUUUUGUCUAGAGUUACGGAACCUUUAAUUACAGUGGCUCUGUCAGAUUAUAUUUGUUGAAAGUCUAUCAACCUGUUUCCCGCAGAGCUACAGUUCUACAACUAUCAGUCAUAUACUACAUGUAUGUAAAAGGGCUAGCAGAUAUGUGUAUUCUAUGUAGUGUGUCUUUUUUAGGAAUUUAUCGUUUAUUGUUUCUACUGUUGUGUUUAAUAUUACAAGUACACAUGUUGUAUCUUCAUGCCAAUAUAAAUAUGAAUU